CCUGUCAGUCAUUGCUGUGACCACUUCCUGUGAGAGAAUGCACACACCCUCCUACUUCUCAUUUCAUGCUGGACACGGAGAAGUGAACAUCUCUCUGCAGCUCUAGUACAGCGACAGCUUUAGACGGAGAUCAAAGAGACUGUCGGGACAUUUCAGUAACAAUCCGGGACUGCUGGUUGAGCUGCAAAAAUCGGGACUGUUCCACGAUAAACAGGACAUUUGAGAGAAAAUGGCCAUACCGCCGGCAUAUGUUGAUUUAGGAAAGUCUGCCCGAGAUAUCUUCACUAAAGGAUAUGGAUUUGGGUUCAUCAAACUUGAUUUGAAAACAAAAUCAGAAAAUGGACUGGAAUUUACCAGCUCAGGAUCAGCAAAUGCUGAGACCAGCAAAGUUUCCGGCAACUUGGAAACCAAAUACAAGUGGGCGGAAUAUGGCCUUACUUUCACAGAAAAAUGGAAUACAGAUAACACGUUGGGGACAGAGAUCACUGUAGAAGACCAGCUUGCAAAGGGUCUAAAGCUGACAUUUGACUCUUCGUUUUCGCCUAACACUGGAAAGAAGAAUGCAAAAGUCAAGUCUGCGUAUAAGCGAGAGCACCUUAACGUUGGCUGUGACAUGGAUUUUGAUAUUGCCGGGCCAUCGGUACGUGGAGCUGUGGUGUUUGGCUACGAGGGAUGGUUAGCUGGCUACCAAAUGACUUUUGAAUCCUCAAAGUCCAGAGUCUCCCAAAGCAACUUUGCAGUUGGAUACAAAACUGAUGAAUUCCAGUUGCAUACCAAUGUGAAUGAUGGUACAGAUUUUGGUGGUUCUGUAUAUCAAAAGGUUAAUGAUAAACUGGAAACAGCAAUCAACCUUGCAUGGACAGCAGGAAACAGCAACACACGCUUCGGAAUAGCAGCCAAAUAUCAAAUUGAUUCUGAUGCUUCAUUUUCAGCUAAAGUGAAUAAUUCAAGUCUCAUUGGUUUAGGAUAUACUCAGACUCUUAAGCCUGGCAUCAAAUUAACAUUAUCCACGUUGGUUGAUGGCAAGAACAUCAAUGCCGGAGGCCACAAACUGGGUCUGGGACUGGAAUUUGAAGCAUAAGCAAUGUCCUAUAGAACAAUCUUAUAUUGUCCUGGUGUUCCGCAACAUAGAAACCAUAAAAUUCUAGUGCACCUUGUAUGUUCUGUGUCUGGUAUGCAAACAACCCACUAUGUCAAUUACAACCCUGGAAAAACAAAAUGGACAACUGUGUGUGUGAAAGAGUUAUUGCUGCAGUGAGAAAUGGUGAGAGAAACCCUAGGGUACAGAUUUUGCUAAUCCGGGCCAGCCUGGAAACACUUCAUCGCUGCUUAUUUAUACACGUGUUGCUCAACAAGAAAAUAUUGAAUGCCUUUUUUUAAAACAUAUAGUGCAAAGCUUAUUUACACUACUAAAUGGACUUUUAGGUUAACCACUCGUUUCAUUCAGCGAGAACCCACGGUUCGGAACUAGGAUUUCAUGAUCCCGAAUCAACAUCAUGGGUACAGGUUUUGUAAAUGCACAACGUGUAUGCUUACAACUUGAACAAAGCUCAAUUCCCUUUACAUAAAGAGUACUGGGCAGCUUGACAGAGCCAUAUACAAGGAGAGAAUCUUUAAUUCUUAAUACACAUACUUAAACGUUGAUUGGUUUUUACCCUACCCCAGUUUUAUUUUCGUUUUUUAGCAAACAUAGUGUCUUCCAUUCUGUAGAGUUCCCUGAUAUGUACACAACAUCACCUGUAAUAAAGCCAGAGUACAAGCGAA